AUGCAGAAGCCCUGCAAGGAAAAUGAAGGGAAGCCCAAAUGCAGUGUGCCAAAGAGAGAGGAAGAACGUCCCUACGGAGAAUUUGAACGCCAGCAAACAGAAGGGAAUUUUAGGCAAAGGCUGCUUCAGUCUCUCGAGGAAUUUAAAGAAGACAUAGACUGUAGGCAUUUUAGGGAUGAAGAGAUGACAAGAGAGGGAGAUGAGAUGGAAAGGUGUUUGGAAGAGAUAAGGGGUCUGAGAAAGAAAUUUCGAGCUCUGCACUCUAACCAUAGGCACUCUCGGGACCGUCCCUAUCCCCUUUAAGGCACUUCUCUUCUGAAUUCAAC